AUCAGCACCAUGAAGACUAGACUAGGCUGCCUGUCACACAAGUCUGACUCCUACAGUGAUUUCUCCGAGUUCCUCCCUCCUGCCAACGAGACUACCGCCAGGUGCCUGAAAGUUUCAACGGAUGAGGUUGUUCGAUGGUCAGAAUCGUUUGAUCAUCUCCUCUCGCACAAAUAUGGCCUGGCUGCCUUCCGGACAUUUCUCAAGUCAGAGUUCAGUGACGAGAAUAUCGAGUUUUGGAUGGCCUGCGAGGAGUACAAGAAACUCAAAAGCUCAACCAAGCUUGUGUCCAAAGCAAACAAGAUCCUCCAUGAGUUCAUUGACAACCAGGCACCCAGAGAGAUAAACAUUGACUACCGCACCAGGGAAAAGACCAAGCAGACUCUUAAGGUUCCAUCCCCAACUAGCCUCAAUGAAGUCCAAUCCAAAGUCUACAGUCUCAUGGAAAAAGACUCCUACCCAAGGUUCCUCAGGUCCAAGAUGUACCAGGAUAUAGUGAACCGGGCGCACGCACAAGGCCAGCGAAGAUCUGUUUGACCAAAUAUGAUGAAGACCACAGACGACAUACAAUUGGACCAACACUGUAUAUCAAUUGUAAACCCUUUGACGUCAUCUCUGAAUACUGUGAAUCUGCAAGGAUGGUGGUGACAUGCUUGAGUCUUUCCUUUGUCUACACCAGAUCCAUGCAUGCAAUCCCUCUAGUGAAGAUGUGUCUUGGUGGGCUGCACGGCACAGAGGGGAUUUGAUCAUGAUAGGUUAAUUGUUUACCUCUAUUUAGUGCUGAGCGAUGUGUUAUACCAUAAUGUGAUAUACCACCAUGUAAUACCAUAUCAUUAAAAUGUAUACUUGUCCAAUUGGCAUUUACAAUGAAGCUAAAUAUGAACACUAAAAAGAGAGCAAGCAACGACUGAAACGUCCUAACCAAUUAUUGAUCUUGUAAAAUAUGUAUUUUGAGUGAAAGCUACAAAAUGAAUUGCUUGAGAAUGAAAACUGUAAAAUAUGGUGUAAAGCUCAAACCAUUUCCGAGCUUUAGAAAAAAAACAGUAUCAGUUAACUGUAAAACUGUAUAGCCACUUAAUUUGACCAACCAAAAAUCUGAUCAAAGAUUGUCGGAGACAACCUUUGAUUUUUGACCUUGUAGGUAGUUCUUAAUUUUGGUCUGACUUAUAAAAACAUAUAUAAAACGUAUUGUUUAGGUGGCAGUUUCUUGAAGCAAAUUUGUAUUUUUUCGAUAUUGCACGAAAUGAAUAACAUUUUAUUUGAUACUACUAUACUUAUUAUAAAAAUACCAUUUGCUAACUCCAUUGCUUGAUACAAUUGUUUGAAUUGAUUGGGUACCACCCACCUAAUGCUUUUAAUACACAGUUGACCAAGAGAUGAUGUAAUUCCAUCAUUAACACAACAGAAAGUUUAGAUGAAUACCCUCACAUUUUUUUUCGCCCAGCUCUACCUCCACUUAACUUCAGUUCUUUGUGAAAUAGACACCAUUGUAUGCAGGACUUGACCUGUAGUGGUAGUUUGUGUGUUUACAACAGGCAAUGAACACUUAUUAUCUGAAACUGUGUCAAACUAGAUUGCAUUUAGAUAUUGAUAUAGUUACAUAAUCCUGUGUAUGGCAAACUCUUGCAGGUGUUUUCUGUGAAAUGUAAUGUGGAGUCCAAUAAAGUAUUGGGUUAGCUUUUGCUUUCAAUUCAUCCAAUAGAGGAGAUGCAAAUUGUCUAUCAUCCAUGUUUUUUUUGGUAUUGUAACUUAAUAAAAAAGGAGCUAAUUAACUAACAAAUAACUAAUCAGCAAAAAUAUACACCAUAAUUAGAACACAGAAUUAUUGAAUUUGCCUCCUGCUAGUAUUGAACUGAAAGCAACAGCCGACCACGGAAAAUCUGUUCUAAGUGAAACACGUGUUGUGCAAAAUCCUAAAUUCUUAGCAUGAUGCAAUACUGAGAAAUACUAUUUAGAUAUUCGUUGACAUGUACAGUAUGUUAUGAAAAUGACUGCAAAAUAAAUUCAGUCCAGAGUAUGUCAGUAACAUGUGUUUGAAUUGUGCUCCCUCAGCGUUUGCACUCCUUUUUAGGUUGUUUGAAAAGAUUUUAGGGGAGAUAUUUUCUUUAUUGGAUGUGUACUUUAAAGGCAAAAUAGUUGGAAAUACACAACUGGCUGAACAACAUAUCACCCUAUGGUAUGUUACUGUGUUCCAUAUGAAUGCAUCCUCCCCCCCCCCUAUAUUUUGCAAUUAAAAACAAAUCUGCAUCUAUGUUGGUGUGCACUGUGU